CCCGUCCUGCCCGUCCUACCUAUUCGGCCCGUCUUUGUUUCUGUUUAUUUGUUGUUGUUCUGUGUGCACGCACCUGAUUAUCACCUGCAAGGCCGUGGAAGAGGGAAAUUUUAUGGCAGGUCGUGCGAGGGGCAAUUUGAGAGCAACUGAUCUCGACUGAUCCUGCUCCUGCCCACAAACACUGGGUACACAGAGUCGGACCGGCAGACACAUCGAGUGGUGGCUGGCGGUGUUUCGGGGUUGCAUGUGUGUGCGGGGUGCGGGUUGCGGGGUGCGGGGUGCGUGUGUGGUGCGUGGCGAGGGCAGCCCUUGCCUUGCCUCUCAUAGGUGCAUAUUUGCAUAGACCUCGCAUUCAGUUUGUUGCGAACCUUCGACGAGAUUGCAGACGGUCGCUUGUUCCGCACACGCGUGAAAGCCACCCCCUCUCCCCUUUUGAGCAAGAGAAAAAAAGGAUACUGUGUUCAGUCUUGGAUCAACGUUUAAAGUGUAUUCCCUACGGAUAUUCCCCUGAAAAUUGCUGCGAAAACUCGUAGAUGCGAGAAGCGGAGCUCAGCUUUGCACGUGACUGGAGCGGGGAAUGUUAAAGGACGCCGAGGAGUUGAUUAAACGCCGCACACUGACGUCGCGCCACAUGAACGACUUUGGACGCCAGGUGGCGGCCCUACCGUUGCCCCUGCCACUGCUGGCCAAGACCCCCACCAGCGAGCACGGCCCCAUGCACUCCACACCGCCCACAACGCCGCCCACGCCGCCGCCCCUGCCGCUGAACAUGAGCCAAACGGCCACUGGAGCGGCCGCGGCGGCCCACACAUCGCCAGCCGGACACAGUCCACCGGCCACGCCCACGUCGGUGGGCGGUGGAGCCGUGGUGGCAACGGCCCCGCAGGAUCACUACAGCCUGCGCUGGAACAACCACCAGAACCACAUCCUGCGGGCCUUCGACGCCCUGCUGCAGACCAAGACGCUGGUGGACGUGACCCUGGUCUGCGCGGAGACCUCCAUACGGGCCCACAAAAUGGUCCUGUCCGCCUGCUCGCCCUUCUUCCAGCGCGUGUUCGCCGAGACGCCCUGCAAGCACCCGGUGAUUGUGCUCAAGGACUUCCGCGGCUGGGUGGUCCAGGCGAUUGUGGACUUCAUGUACCGCGGCGAGAUCAGCGUGCCCCAGCAGCGGCUGCAGACCCUGAUCCAGGCCGGGGAGUCGCUGCAGGUGCGGGGACUCGUCGAGAGCUCCGUUCCGGAGCACACACCCACGCCAGCGGCGUCGCCCGACGACUUUGGCCUGCUCGAUGCCUCGAUGCUCUCAUCCAGCUUUGAGGACGACUCGCCGUCGAUGGUGCGAGCCUCUCAGGCAGCGGCAGCGGCUGCGGCGGCGGCAGCGGCGGCGGCUGGGAAGCUGAUCAUGCCCUCCAGGCAGCACCUCUUCGGCAACCACCCCGCGAGCUCGAUGGCGGCGCUGAGUCUGCGCCGGAAGAGGGAGCAGGAGUGCGAGCGGGAUCGCGAGCUCGAGAGCGACCAGGAGCUGGGCGGGAGCUCGCCGAUGCCCAGACGCAAGCAGGCGCGACCCCGCCGUCGCUCGGGCGACGUCUCGCACGACUUUGCCCUGAACAAGCCCGAGGCGGAACCCCUGCAAACUGUGAUCAAGCACGAGCUGCUCGAGAGAAUGGAGCGGGGCGAGGAGGAGGAGGAGGAGGAGGAGGGCCAGGGCCAGCAGGAGUCCUCGCGGGCCUCAGAGGCGUCCCAGGAGCAGCCGAAGGAGAAGCGGCCCAAGCCCGAGGACAGCGAGCAGCCUCUGAAUCUCAACGAGAGCCACCGGCACGAGCAGCAGCGGGAGCGGGAGCGGGAGCAGGAGCUGGAGGAGGAGGAGGAAGAGGAGCACGAGCAGGAUCAGGAGGACGAGGAGGAGGAACAGGACAUUGAAGAGCUUAUACACACGACGAACGAGCUGAGGCGCCAGGCGGCUGUGGCGGCCGCCAAUGCGGCAGCCAUGUCGCCUAUCCCCUCCCCCUGCCCCAGCGACGGGCCCGAGGACCUCUGCACCACCAAGAAGGACAAGGACACCAGCCACACCGGCCACACCGGCCACACCACCCACACCGCCCACUCAUCCGAUUGUGAAUCGAACAACAACAACAACAACAACAACAGCAGCAAGCUGCAGGACAACAACCAGCGGAUCAUGCUCUCCCUGAAGGACAUCCGACAGCUGAACGCCAACCCGAACGCCUCGUCUACGCCCAUCCACACGCCCACCAGCUGCUCGGCGGGGGGCAACGGACUGCUGAGCUUCCCGCCGCCUGGGAUGCGGCCGCCCGGCCUCCCGGACAGCCCGCCCUGCCACAUGGAGGCGCUGGAGGCCCAGAUGCACGCCGCAGCCGCUGCGGCCGUGGCUGCCGCCGGCGCUGGGGAGCAUCCCUUCCACCACAUGGAGCACCAGAUGGAGAUGUCGCUGGCGGCGGCGGCUGCGGCCGCUGCCAUGCACCAGCGGGACCCGCGAGACCCGCGCGACCACAGCGCCUUUGCCAACAGCAUGCUGGGGCCCAUGGGCAUGUCCCCCUUCGGGGGACCCAACGGCGGGCCGCCCGGCACCAGUGGCGGCCCCGGCGGCGGAUGUCCGGGCCAGGCGCCGCACGAGCGGCUCGAGGAGAGCAUGAACCGGCUCAGCAAGGAGCUGGGCAAGGAGUUCGGCAAGGACUUUGCCAAGGAGUUCGGCCCCUCCUCGCCGAUGAGCCUGCCCGGACACUUCAAUCAGCAGGACGGACAUCCUGGACACACGCAUCCGCCAUCGCCGCUGCCGUUUCCCGGCAUGUCCUCCGCCAUGACGCUGACGCCGCCGCACAUGUUUGGCCUGGACUCGCCGCUCGGCCUCUUUCCGCCCGGCAUCGAUCCCGGCAAGCUCUACAAUCCGCUCAUGGAGAUGAGCGAUCCGCGGGACAUGCCCGGCGGACCACCGCCGUUCCUCAAGAAGAAAAUGCCACGACCCAAGGGACAGCACUCGGCACCACGGGGCGGACCACCUCGCUCGUGGACCAACACAGAGCUGACGGAGGCCCUGCAGCACGUGUGGAACAAGAAGAUGACCACCUCGCAGGCCUCCCGCAUCUUCGGCAUUCCGUACAACUCCCUGCUGAUGUAUGUCCGCGGCAAGUACGGCAAGAGCCUGAAGCUGGAGCAGCUCCGCAAGGACUGCAUCAGCGGGCCACCCAUUGAGAUGCUCCAGAUGGGCAUCAGUGGGGGGGGCAGCGGGGGCGGCGGCGGCGGCUCCGGCAAGAGCGAGAAGAACAAGGACCGCAAGGACAAGGACAAGGAGAAGGGCUCCUCGAGCAACAACACCUCGGGCAGCUCGGGCAAUGGCAGUGGCAAUAGCAGUGGCAACGGCAACGGCAACGGACCCCACAGCGGCUCCGGCAGUGGCAACGGUCCCCUCAUGCCCCAUCCCAGCGACCUGGGCUCCUUGGGGCCACUCGACCUGGAGCUGGGACUGCCACUGGGUCCGCCGGGCGGGCCCCGGAGCGGCAGCUCGGAGCCUGAUCUGCUGGGCGGACCCAACGCCCUGUUCAAUCCCUUCAAUCCGCAAGGAUUCUACCCCGACUUCUCCGGCGGCUUCCCGGGACUGCCGUUGAGCAUGCUGAAUCUGCUGCCGCCGGCAGAGCGGCACCAUGCGGCGGCCGCCAUGCACCAUCUGGGCGUGACAAUGGACGAGGACUGCAAGUCGGUGGGCUCCAAGCAGUCCUCCUCCAUGGACGACGACUUUGCCGGCCAGGGCAUGUCCCUAUCGCUGGAGCAGCGGCGCGAGAUGGCUGCCACGGGGCCGCCCCUGACGCAGCUGAAUGGCGGGGGGGCAGGGCAGGAUUGAAACAUGUGGCGGGAUUGGGCAACCGGGGCUGCCAAUCCAAUAUACUUCCCGCCCUUCGAGCUCGACCAGGAGCAGAGUCCGGCACUGGGUCACCACAUGGCCUGUCGCGAGCUCAGCUUCAAGCCCGGCCCGCUCUUCAUGGCCCGGCGCAAGCUGAAGCGCUAUCGGGCCAAGCGGCCGCUGCAGCUCCAGAUGCAGAUGCAGGGCCCCCACCCGCACCCGCACCCGCCACCGCCGCCGCCUGCAACGUGCCCCGCCGCCCACGCUCUGCCACCGCUGCGGACUUGAAAACUGUGAACAGAAUCGAAAUGCAAUAUGUCUAUUCUUAACCGAUUAUUUAGUUUUGUUCGUAGCCCUAAGGACAAUAUUUGAUUAUGAUUUUGUUUCGUUUGAGCAAAGGAUACGAUUUGCUGGUGCUUUUAGUUCCUAUUCCCGACUCCCGGACUCCCGGACACCCGGACACCCGGACUCCCACCCCCUCACCCCGAUUGUACGAUAGUGUAUUUAUUGAUAUUAUUAUUUCGAGACUUGCGAUUAAUUUCCAUUUAAGUAAUCGAAUACGACAAAGCUUACAAAGCAUUUGAGGCAAUAUCUGCUAUUAUUAUUAUUAUUAUUAUUAUUAACAUUAUUGUGUAUUAUUUAAGUUUUAUAUCGAACGGUAUAUAAUCAAAAGUGCAAGCCAGGUUUAAGAGAGUGUUGUAAAUACGCAGAAGUAACCAAACAAGCCGACAGCAUUAGACGGACUCCAGGGGUUGGGCUGUGGGUCCACAGAUUCCACGGCCACCACCGGCCGCCGCCACAGCCCUACCCCCCCCCCC